AUGGACCCCGUGGUCUUCGCAGAAUCUUUCAACGAUACUUUUUUCUUCGCACAAUCUAAAUACCACUCAAAAUGGCUUCCAACCAACCCAGGACCUUGCUGCUUUACUGGCUUCAAGCACGACGGGAAGCCAUCAGGAGAGACCAUUUCCAUCGGAAAAGGCCUUGCAUACAUUGCCAAACCGAAUGGCGACAUCAAGGUUAACCAGGCUGUUCUGGUUCUGAGCGAUGUAUUUGGUCUUUUCAACAACAGUAAGCUUCUUUCUGAUGAUUUCGCUACCAACGGAUACCUAGUAGUCCUACCUGACCUUCUCUCUGGAGAUCAGAUGGACGUUGGCGACUUUGAAGCCGGCAAGACUGAUAUUCCGGAUUGGAUCUCACGACACGGCACCGAUGCUGCUGACCCUAUCGUACAGUCAACCCUGGAUCACAUGAGAGAGAAUCUGGGUAUUCCAAAGAUAGCGGCUGCAGGUUAUUGCUUUGAUGGCAAUAGUGGCAAAAUCGAUAUCGGUUACAGUGCUCAUCGAUCAUUUGUAUCUGACGAGGAGCUCGCUGCCAUUGAGAACCCGUUCUCCAUUUCUGCUGCAGAGGUCGAUGGGAUUUUCACCCGCGAGCAUCGUUACAAGUCCGAAAAGAUCCUGAACAAAACUGGUAAGCCAUACCAGCUAAAAAUUUUCUCGGGUGUUAAACACGGAUUUGGUAUUCGCGCUGAUCUGAGUAAGCCACACAACAAGUAUGCCAAAGAGCAGGCUUUCCUGCAGGCUCUUGCAUGGUUUGAGUUGGAACUGUGA